UUUAGUUUUGUGCGUGGCACUGUCUGCUUCUCCUGACGCACCAAUUUGGUGCAUAUUUUUUGCAGAGAUAGUUGUGAGAUCACAGGCUGGGAGGAUGACAGCUAGAGUGUAUUUCUCGUUGAUUGUGGUUUCAUCCUGUCUGUUUGGAUACUUGAGUAAAACUCAUGCCAUUCAAAGUCAAACCACUGUGGAUGGUUUAUGUCCUGCGAGGCUGACUGUUGUGCCGUCCCAUCGAGGAUGUUCUUCUGAUCAAGAUUGCCCUGGAGGACACAAAUGCUGUCAAUUUGACUGUGGGCCUGUUUGUGUGCUGCCUGUUUUCAUGAAACCGGGUCAGUGUCCCAUACCAGAGAUGAUUCCCUUCUGUGCUGAAAGCUGUGUCCAUGAUGGCCAGUGUCCUGCCUCACAGAAGUGUUGCCCAACCACCGGUGGCUUUGCAUGCAGUGAACCAUGUAGUCAGGGACGAGGACCGGCAAGUUGCCAGGGAAGAGUUAUUGGUCAGGGAAGUAGUAUAGGACGCGUUAUUGUCCAGAGAAGCAGCCAGAGCCAGGUAAGCAAUAUUGGGCAGGGAAGUGGUCUUGGCCAGGGAGGCGGUCUGGGAAGUGGUCUUGGCCAGGGAGGCGGUCUGGGAAGUGGUCUUGGCCAGGGAGGCGGUCUGGGAAGUGGUCUUGGCCAGGGAGGCGGUCUGGGAAGUGGUCUUGGCCAGGGAGGCGGUCUUGGCCAGGGAGGGGGUCUGGGAAGUGGUCUUGGACAGGGAGGCGGACUUGGCCAGGGAGGCGGUCUGGGAAGCGGACUUGGCCAGGGAGGCGGUCUGGGAAGCGGACUUGGCCAGGGAGGCGGUCUGGGAAGCGGACUUGGACAGGGAGGCGGUCUGGGAAGCGGACUUGGACAGGGAGGCGGUCUUGGCCAGGGAGGCGGUCUGGGAAGCGGUCUUGGACAGGGAGGCGGUCUUGGCCAGGGAGGCGGUCUGGAG